AUGGAGUACUCCAUCACAAACACCUGGGACGGACGCCCUCUUAGUGGGGAGUAUGACCCUGUUCGUAUGACCUUGAGUACUGCUAGCAAUGGUGAGGAUCUCAACAUUCAUGUUGAUGCUCCAUUCUUUGGGGACCAGCCGGUUCCUCCAUUGGGAAAACCAGGAGAGCCAUGCGACGAACUUUGGUUAUAUGAAGUGGUAGAGGCCUUCUUUCUGAAUGAUAAUGAUGACUAUUUGGAAAUUGAGCUGUCACCAUAUGGACAACAUUUCAACCUUGUUCUACAUGGUGAGAUGAAUUUAGUAAAGAAAAUGUUGCCAUGCAUCUUCACUGCUAGUAUCCAAGGAAACCGCUGGACGGGCGAUGCAAUUUUUCCAGCUGCUCACUUCCCAAAAUGUGUCACUAAGUUUAAUGCAUUUGCAAUGCAUGGUCCCCAACCUGACCGAGUGUAUGAGGCCCUGUAUCCAGUUCCUACUGGCAAAUAUGAACUUCCAUAUUUUCACAACUUGUCAGUUUUUGAGCCGAUAGACAUGAGGAGCAUCCUUCCUAAUAACUACACUGACCAGUACAAGUCUGAACUAUGGGAUGAGAUUCUCAGUGAGAAGUCUUUGUCCUUCUGUAUCAAUACGACUUGGGAUGGUCAGCCACUCGGAAUCAAGUACCGCCCAGCGAAACUGACACUGACCGCUGUAGACGACGGUCUGUGUAUCAGCGUUGAUGCUGAAUUCUUCGAUGACAAGCCUGUUCCUGAUGCCGAGCCAGGUGCUGCAUGCUGGGAACUGUGGAACCAUGAAGUCGUGGAAGCCUUCUUUCUGAAUGAUGAUGGUGACUAUUUGGAAAUAGAACUCUCGCCACAUGGACAACACUUGAAUUUGCUGUUGAGUGGAGUCAGAAAUAUUGUAAAGAAAGAAUUACCCUGUAAGUAUAAAGUGACCAUCCAAGACAGUGGACGCUGGAUAGGAGAGGCGGUCUUCCCCAUCAGCUACUUCCCUCCAAGUGUCACCAAGUUCAAUGCCUUUGCUAUCCAUGGUAGUGAGCCAGAUCGUGUGUAUGAAGCCCUGUAUCCAGUACCAGCAGGAUCAGCCAAACAACCAGAUUUCCACAACUUGUCUGUGUUUGAACCGAUUGACCUGAAGGGUUUACUGCCGUCUCUCUACACUGACCAGUACAAAUCUGACCUUUGGGAUGAAGUGAAGUCUCAUUCGCAGUCAAAGAAAACCAAAGUAUAAUGAAGUUGAUAGUGAUGU